AAAAAAAGCCUAGCACCAAUUAAACGAAACCUACAUAUUCUCCCUCUUUAUCACUCACCGCAGAUAAACCCUAAUAAUCUGGGGUUUCUUCUUUCUUCAACUCAGAUAUUUUGAAGAAGAAGAAACAAAUCAUAUCAAAUCAACAAUGGCUUGUCACAGUAUCCCAGAUUUAAAACCGGAAUGGUUGGGAGCAUCAGGAAAAACAGCAGAGAAAAUGAAUCUAUUAACACUCCAGCACAAGAUGAAGAUUGACCCAGAAGGAUAUGAAACUGAAUUAGCUCUUUUAUAUAAACAUUUUGAUUCAUUACUUUUUUUAUUUCAGCAACAAUCAGCUUUAAGUUUCUCAUCUAUUAACGGUGAUCCUACUGUUAGUAAAGAUCUUGGUGAUAUGGCUAUGUUUUUAGCUCAUGUUACUCCUUAUUAUCCAACUCAGUUAUCUGAUUAUCCGUGUAAAUUAGCUGAUUUGUUACGUUCGUCUGCAAAGUCUUUGCCGUCGUCUCUGAGAUGCCAUCUUACUAAAGCCUUGAUUUUGUUAAUUAAUAGAAACUUUGUUGAUAUUGGAGAGACACUUGGGUUAUUUAUGGAGCUUCAAACUUUAGGAGAUAGGACUUUAAGGAAAGAUGCAUUCUCGCAUGUGAUUCAUAGUAUUCGACGGAUGAAUCAGAAGCAUAAGAAUGAAACUCAGAAUCGACCACUUCAGAAUAUUUUGUUUACAAUGCUACAGGAAGAGGAUGAAGCAAAAGCUAAGAGGGCUCUGAUUGUACUUUGUGAUCUUCACAGAAGAAGAGUUUGGUUUGAUGAAAGAACAGCAAAUGCAAUCUGUACAGCUUGUUUUCAUCCAUCAUCCAAGAUCAUGAAUGCUGCUUUGUCGUUCCUUCUUGGUUUUGAAAAAAUUGAAGAGGCAGAUGAUAGUGACGUCGAUAGCAGUGAAGAUGAGAAAAAUCCCCAGGUUGUUCUUCAGAGGGAGGAUGUCUAUAAGGCACAUCACAAAGGUACACUUGCUAGCAAGAAAAAAAAGCAAGCAAAGCUGCAACGUGCUAUUCGCAGCAUGAAAAGGCAGCAACGUGCUAACUCAGAGAAGGAUACACCGAAUUACUAUUCACCACUUAACCAUUUAAUUGAUGCGCAGGGGUUCGCUGAGAAGCUAUUCUCCCGUCUCCAGACUUGUAAUGAACGGUUUGAGGUGUCUAUUCUCACUUUCCACAUAUACCUUGAAGUCUAUAUCUUUUGUCUUCAGGUUAAGAUGAUGAUAUUAAAAGUAAUUGCGCGGACUGUUGGACUUCAUCGCUUGAUUCUGUUGAACUUCUAUCCCUUUCUUCAGAAAUAUGUCCAGCCUCAUCAACGUGAUAUUACUGAGUUGCUUGCUUCAGCAGUUCAGGCUUGCCAUGAUAUGGUUCCUCCUGAUGCGGUUGAACCAUUGUUUAGACAAGUGGUUAACCAGUUUGUGCAUGAUAAGUCUCGAACAGAGGCAAUUGCUGUUGGACUGAAUGUUGUAAGGGAAAUCUGUCUCCGUAUUCCCCUGUUAAUGACAGAAGAUUUGCUGCAAGAUCUGGUCCUAUAUAGGAAGUCACAUGAGAAAGCUAUAUCUACAGCUGCUCGUUCAUUGAUCACUUUAUUCAGAGAGGUAUGCCCUUCAUUGCUGGUUAAGAAGGACCGUGGUCGCCCCACUAACCCCAAGGCACGGCCGAAGGCUUUUGGAGAAGUGAAUAUUGCUAGUAAUGUGUCUGGUCUUGAGCUAUUACAAAAUGAUGAUGGUGAGGAUGAAGAAAAUGAUGGUGGUGAUUCAGAUUCAAGUAUGUUUGACAAUGACGAGGAAGAGGCUACUGAGAUAACGGACAAUGCACAUGCUCAGCUCAGCGAUGAAGAUGAAACCGAAGAAAGUGAUGCAGGUCUAGAUGGUGAUAAUGAAAGUGGUCAGAGUGAGGAAGAAGAAUCUGAUAGUGAGGACGGGGAUGGCGAUGAGGAUGAAGAGCAGGAGUACAACAAACGUAAAAGGAAGCUCAGUGACUAUGCUGGGGAGUUGAAUGCUGAUACAAGUCUCCGUGCCCUUAAGAGGAUAGCAGAAUCGACUAGGGAAUUUGAAUCAUCAGUUUUGGCCGAUGGUAUCUUAUCAAAUGAAGAUUUUAAACGGAUCAAGGAGUUGAAGGCAAAGGAAGGAGCAAAGCUUGCUUUAGGUCAACAUGGGCUGUUAAGGAAGGGCCCAGAAGCAAAGUCACCUGCAUUUAAGGUUCCCAGUUCCGAGGAAUUAAGUCUUAAGCGAGUGAAUCCAUCAGUGCUCGAGAUUAACAUAAGAAGGAAGAUGACCAAAGAAGAGAGGCUGGAAUUAGUUAAAGCUGGAAGGGAAGAUAGAGGAAAGUAUCAGGCCCGAGCUGCCAUAAAACAGAAAAAGACCGGUGGUACCAGCAACAAGCAAAAGGAGCACAAGAAGAAUAUGCCUAUGGUUGCAAAAAGAGCUAAAAUUGUACGAUCUCGACAAGAAAGAAAGAGAUUAAACCGAAUUGCUGGCAAACAGUUCAGGGGUAAGAAAGCAUGGAAGUAGGCCUGAUGUAAUGCUGUAAAAGAAAUCCUUAUUUGUUUCCCCAUUAAUUUUGGUUAUGUUAUCGAUCUUAUAUUUGGUUAUGUUAUAAGCUUGCCUAAGUAUUUAUUUUUUACUUUUUAAAAAUGAAUGAAGAUUAAUAGGAAAGAUAUUAAAUAGAUUUGUUUCUUUAUAUAUGUAGAUGCUAUUUAGGAUUUUGAA